AUGAAAAGAUAUUCAGCUUUAACCAUCACAAGAAAAUUGUCAAGUGGCAAUUCUGAUAUCGAUAAAUUUCUCGAAGAAAUAAAAUUAAAUUCAAAAGAUAAUGAUAAAACUUUAAAAUGGAUUCCCUAUCAUGAAUUCAGUAAUUUAAAGGAAAUUGGCAAAGGUGGCUUUGGUAUUGUCUAUGAAGCGAUUUGGCACGAUGCUCCUGAACAGAAAAUCGAUUUAAUUUGGAAUAAAAAAAGAGUCGCCUUAAAGGUCUUAUUUAAUUUUAGAUUUAAUUCUAGUAAUGAUAACAGCUUGUCUGGUAACCUAAUAAACGAGUUUUUAGGAGUUAGUAAAGAUCCAGAAUCAAACCAUUAUACAUUAGUUAUGCAAUAUGCAAGUGAAGGCAAUCUUCGAGAAUAUCUUGAUCAAAACUUUCAAAGAUUUGAUUGGUGGAAAAAGAUAAAUAUGUUAAAGGAUAUUGUUUUGGGACUUCAAUCCAUUCAUUCGGUUGGUCUUGUACAUAAUGAUUUUCAUAGUGGAAAUAUAUUACGACAUGGUUACGGAAGUGAUAAUUUGUUUAAAAAAUUUCGCGAAAUGCAAAAAUUUCGUAGCCAAAUCGGCGAAGCUGAACUGGUAAGGUUAUCAACGUUGCAAAAUAAAUUUAUCAAAAAGAUUCAACAUCCAUCUGCUUUUUACACAAGUCGUUUACUUGAUUUCACAAAUCUUCCACAACCAAAAAAUGCAAUAAAAAAUCAUUCAUUAAUUUUAGAGUCUGCAGAAAAUAAACAGCCGUUUAAUCUUGCAAAAUCAAAUGCAGAUUUUGGCCAAUUGGCUGCUCGUAGACGUACUCAGAGCAUCACUAGUAGUACUACCAAUGAUAAUAGUCGCAAUAACAACGAGAGAUUUAAACACUCGAGAAGUUCGAGUGUAAAAGCAAAACGUCUCAGUAGAACUUUUACCAAUGAAGAAAUUGCCGAAGAAAUGCGACAAUUAAAUAUGGUACCACCUUUAUCAGGUCAGUCAUAUGGUCUUAACUCAAUAAACGAAGAAAAUAUUUAA